AUGAUGCUAGAACUCCAGGAGAGGGUAACUGAACUGGAAAACUGGAAGGAUGGCAAAGGCCUUAUCAUCUAUGGUGCAGGAAACACCUUUUGCUCAGGAUCUGAUUUGAAUGCUGUCAAAGCAAUAUCCAACUCCCAGACAGAGAUGUGGUGCUAUGCCUCUGCUGUGUUUGACAUAUUGCCUUUGAUCAGUGUUGCACUAGUCCAAGGGAAAGCUGUUGGAGGAGGAGCAGAACUUACCACGGCGUGUGAUUUCAG